UCUGAAAGAUUAAAUAUAAAUUAUAUUUUAUAUUUUUACUUUGAAAUAAGAUUUAGAAAAUAAAUCAAAAUGUCAAUUGAUAUAAUAGAAAUGUUAAAAGAACCAAAAAUGACAAAAGUAUGUGCACCAAUGGUUAGAUAUAGUAAAUUACAGUUCAGAACUUUAGUAAGACAAUAUGAUUGUGAUAUAUGUUUUACACCUAUGAUCUUAGCUGACUCAUUUAUACAAUCUGAAAAAGCCAGAAAUAAUGAAUUUUCAACUAAUAAUGCAGAUAAACCAUUAAUUGUUCAAUUUGCUGCUAAAAAUGUAUAUGAUUUUCUUAAUGCUGCAGAAUUAGUUGCUCCAUAUUGUAGUGGAGUUGAUCUUAAUUGUGGUUGUCCUCAACGUUGGGCAUUAAAAGAAGGAUAUGGAGCUGAUUUGCUUAAGAAACCAGAUUUUGUAAAAGACUUAAUAUAUCAAGUGAGAAAUCGUAUUCCACAUCCUUUCACUGUAUCUGUGAAAAUUAGAUUAUUGAAGGACAUUCAUAAAACUAUCAAUUUCUGUAGAAUUCUUGAGAAAGCUGGUGCUUCAUUUCUUACUAUCCAUGCUAGGACUCCCGAAAUGAGAUGUGAACCAAUCAAUCUAGAUAAUUUAAAACUAAUAAGAGAUAGUGUAAAAUUACCUCUCAUUGCUAAUGGAGAUGUAAAAAAUUUAGAAAAUGCAGAAAAUUUAUAUAGAGAAAGUAAUUGUGAUGCAAUAAUGUCUGCAAGAGGAAUUCUAACAAAUCCAGCUCUUUUUUCUGGAUAUUCAGUAACACCUCUUAAUUGUGUGCAGGAUUGGCUUGAUAUUACAUCAACUAUACCAACACCAUUUACAUGUUUUCAUCAUCAUCUUGUAUUUAUGUUAGAAAAAAUACUUCCUAAAAAAAGUCGAAUGUUUUUUAACAAUUUACACAAUAAAACAUCUGUAUUAGAAUUCUUGAAAGAUACUUAUGGUUUAAAACCUAAUAUUAAUCCUAAAUUAUUUGAACUUACAAAAUGCACUUUUAAUAUUGCAAAUAUGAAAUAUAAUAAAUAUAUUACAAAUGAUGAUGAUGAUUUAAAUAUAAACUUUUUAGGAAAUAUAUUUACAGAAAUAUAAUUUUAUUCAUUUAUUCUUUAAAAUGAAAAAUAAAUAUCUUUAUAUUGCUAUAGUAUUGUCAUGAAUAUUUUAUGUAUAUUUUUUAUAUAUAAAUAAAUUAAUAAUGUGAUUAUGAA